GGGGGGGCGAGCGGCGCUGCGGGCCGUGGGAGGAAGCGCUGCGCCCGGCCCGACGGCGCUCGCCCGUUAAGCCACAUCCGCGGGUCGCCGGCGCCUGUCACAGCCCCUCCAUUUUGAAGGAAGGAGGCCGCCGUUCCCACCGCCGGGGCGGCAGCCGCGCUCAUGGCGUUCAGUCCCUGGCAGAUCCUGUCGCCUGUGCAGUGGGCCAAGUGGACGUGGUCCGCGGUCCGCGGUGCGGGCGCGGGCGAGGAAGAAACCGGAGGUCCCGAGGGUGACCCCGAAGAGGAGGAGGACUCGCAAGCCGAGACCAAAUCCCUGAGUUUCAGCUCGGAUUCUGAAGGUAAUUUUGAGACUCCUGAAGCGGAAACCCCAAUCAGAUCGCCUCUCAAGGAGUCUUGUGGCUCACCUCUAGGAUUGGCAGAACCUGAGGCCAAACCCCAAGAAUCACAAGAAACCUCUGAACAGUCCAUAGCAGAAGUAAUCGAAAAGUGUUCACCUGAUCCAUGUUCUAGAUCUUCAGAAAAUGCACCACAGACGACCUCUGAUGCUCACUCAGUCGGGGAUGGGGAUGCCAAAGGAGAAACCAAACAUGAAGUUAGUAAGGUCUCAGUAGUGAGGCCAUUUUCAAUAGAAACCAGGAGUCCCACAGAUGACCCAGCGGCUCUAGGAAUAAAAGCUGCCUAUGGCUGUGGACCUGCGCUCUCAGGCAAGGCUUUGUCCUCCGCUGCAUCAGAAGCCACUCAGGACAAGCCAGUGACAGAAGGAGGCAUGGGGGCUACAUUUGAGGCUUUUACAGAAGCCGGGCUGAAGACUGGAGAGCCGGUGACCAGCAGGAGCAAGUUAAGAAAGCCCAAACCUGUCUCCCCGAGGAAGAAGACAGCCGGAGGUGAUGCCUCUGAAACCGAAAUCAUCAUGGAGGGGUCACCUCUUCCUAAGGCUUCCUCCCUGUCGGCUCCUGAUGAAUUGGAUAAGAACACACAUCUUACUGUGCUGAGAGGUGCCAGGGCCCAGAAAACUUCCGUUUACCUCAAAGAAGCUGUGGAUGCUCUCAGUAAUGGCAGCAGCGGCUCAGGGCUUGAGCUGCAGGAGGGGUCCAGGAACUUGCCUCCCACGCUUGAGUAUGAUUUUACGGAAGGCGGGGAAGAUGUUGAGACCAAGCAUGCCCUUCCGAGGAAGCCUACUAACAAACUGACGCCCAACGUACGGAAAGAUGGCAUCAGCCAGCCAGUAGGUAUCGAACAGCCUGCAGACCCAAGAGCCCAAGAUGCCUGCCUCUCCCAGACGUCUCCUAAGCUAGACCCUAGUAAAUGGGGCCACCCCAGCGUUAAUUCUCCCGGGAGCUGCCCCGGUCUGCAGAGCUCGCCACCCUUCUCCUCCAAAGGCUCCUACCACUUUGACGAAUCCACGGACCCCUUUAAGCCAGCCUCAGCUUUGACAAGCAGCACCUUUUGUUCUCCCACUGGUAAUCAUGUUAAUGAAAUCUUAGACUCACCCAAGAAGGCAAAGUCGCGUUUAAUAACGACUACUGAGCAAGUGAAAUUUCUCUGUUUUCUGUUGAGUGGCUGCAAGGUGAAGAAAUACGAAACUCAGUCUCUUGAUUUGGAUACGUGUUCUCAGGAUGAAGGGGCUGUGAUCUCGCAGAUCUCGGACAUUUCUAACAGGGACGGCCACGCUACCGAUGAGGAGAAGCUGGCGUCCACAUCCUGCGGUCAGAAACCAGCCGGGGCAGAGGUGAAAGGUUUAGAGAAGGAGACAUGCCAGAAGAUGGAGAAAGAGGAGUCAGCCGUGCAUGGACUGCUGGAGUCCUCGUCAGAAAAGGCCCCCGUGUCUGUGGCCUGUGGAGGUGAGAGCCCCCUGGAUGGAAUCUGCCUCAGCGAAGCAGACAAGACUGCCGUGCUCACAUUGAUCAGGGAAGAGAUAAUCACUAAAGAGAUCGAAGCCAAUGAGUGGAAGAAAAAGUAUGAAGAGACCCGGGAAGAAGUCCUGGAGAUGAGAAAAAUUGUGGCUGAAUAUGAAAAGACCAUUGCCCAAAUGAUUGAAGACGAGCAGAGGACAAACAUGACCUCUCAGAAGAGUUUCCAGCAGCUGACGAUGGAGAAGGAGCAGGCCCUGGCUGACCUGAACUCUGUGGAAAGGUCCCUUUCUGAUCUCUUCAGGAGAUACGAGAACCUGAAAGGCGUGCUAGAAGGGUUCAAGAAGAAUGAAGAAGCCUUGAAAAAAUGUGCUCAGGAUUACCUGGCUAGGGUUAAGCAGGAAGAGCAGCGAUACCAGGCCCUGAAGAUUCACGCAGAGGAAAAGCUGGACAGAGCCAACGAAGAGAUCGCUCAGGUUCGCUCAAAGGCAAAGGCUGAGAGCGCAGCUCUCCAUGCUGGGCUCCGGAAAGAGCAGAUGAAGGUGGAGUCCCUGGAAAGGGCCCUUCAGCAGAAGAAUCAAGAAAUUGAAGAACUGACGAAAAUCUGUGAUGAGCUCAUCGCAAAGCUGGGAAAGACUGACUGAGAUUCCUCCCGUGAGCUGCGCAGAUCCGAGUCUGGCUGCUUGUGUCGUGACCACAGUUAUCUUGCCUUAUCCAGAAGUAAUCCCUCCUUUGCAGAGAAAAAUAACUUUUUAAAAAGCACAUGCCUGCUGCUGCCUGUCCCGCUGCACCCCACUGCUGCAGCCGGAGCCUGGCUGGUGGGGAAGGAGCUGACGUGCCAGCAGGGGCCUGUGCACCCAGGCUGCCGCUUCUGCUAGACGGGCUGCUGGGUCCAGCGCGUGCUUCUCCAUCUGCAGUUCAUCUUUACUUUUCUCGAGUGUGUGAAAUUUCUAAUUUUGUGGCAACCGUGUGGGGUUAUCUUCCCAGCACAUAUUUGAUAUUUUUAUGACCCGGUUAACAGUUUAAAUUUCAGUAUCGGCCGUUUUAUUGAAGGAGACAGUUUGGCCCUGUUGCCACUAACAGUUUCUCAAUGAGACUUGAGUUCCCUUUUAUUUCCAGAAUUUCACUUAUGCGUAUAUAUGUGUACCUGCUGCCACUUUCCCCCUGAGGCAUGUUCAGAUAAGGAUUUUUCGGGAGGAGCAUAGUUACGUAAAUCAACACAGAUCAGAUCCUAAGCAGAGCCCUAGGUCUAAAAGCCAGCUUCAGACUUUGUAGGGCUGAAAACACUGCACCGCUGCUUUGAGUGUUUCCCAUUCACAGAGCCCUGGGUUCGAUCCCCAGAACUACAGAAACUGGAUGCUGUAGCGCAUGCCUGUAAUUCCAGCACUCCAGAAGCGGGGGCAGGAGGAUCAGAAAUUCAAGGUCAUCCUCAACUACAUAGCUACUUGGAGACCAGCCUGGACUGUAUGAGACCGUGUUUCAAAAAAGGGGUGAGCGGAAGCAUGGUGACAGCUUAGCUGUUGGGAGGGCAGGGCAAGAAAGCCGUUGGGGCCUGGAAUAAAAAGGCAGCACAGCACUAGGCAGAAUAGACCUUUUCUCAGAAAUCAAAUGCCCAAACCAAAAUUUGAGUCAGGGUGGAGAGAUUGGGGAUGUGAAGAUCAGGGAUGUAGGUUUCAUGUCCAAGGAAGACUUUGCUGUGCUGUUUAUUGCCCCAGUGUAUGGACCCUUGGGUCCCAGCAUGGCCCCUUGCGCUCAGACUGAAAGUGGCCUCUUAUAUCUCCAUGAGCAACAGCCUGGGCCUCCCCAGAUCUCUCAUCUGAUGGAUGUGUCCACCUGGGGCAGUUGGUCUCUAAAACAAAAUCAGCUGUUAUCUAUUUGAAAUAUAUACAAAAGGGGCUUGGGAAAGGGUCAGCUGGUUUUGUUAAAAGAGAGGGCAGCCUAGGGACCAGUUUGGGGUGAAGGGCUGUGGUUUUCUGUGUUUACAAGCAUGGCACACUUCAGAGACUUUAAAACAACACACAUUUUCAUGCUGGAGGUGGACUUUAAAGCCAAACAGGCAGUAAAACGUCAUCCCCCAAGUCGGCUUGAAUGCGGGGGAGGGCAGUGCAGCGAGAAGGUCCACACAGACAAAAUGAAAUUCUAUAAACACAGACUGGGGGAUGUUAACCCCCAAACAGAAAUUUCCCACACUGCUGUCAGUGAGUUCCUUUCCAUUUGACAGGCAAAACCAGAUCCAUUCAAGUUUUAAUGCAUUUUUUGGCCUUCAUCAUCUACCGUGAGUCAUCAUGGUGGAUAUGCACUAUUCAGUGCACACACGUUUUCCUCCUUGUCAAACUAUUGCAGGAGCCGACUUCAGAAAUGAAUUAUGCCUCAUGGAGAAACUGUAGGUCUUAGAAACAAUGUCCCUUUAGUGGCGUGUCACCAUGCGGGUGCCAGCUAUAGCCCCAGGGAGCGAGCAGUGUCUUCUGAAGCUAGAAGUCACAUUUUGUCAGUGUGUGUUUAUUAGAACUGGUGCUUAGGUUAGGCUGUAUUUUGAGGCCUACUGUCUUAACAUUUUGUACAAAACCAUGAACAAGUAGAAGUUACCUGUGGUUGAAGGAAUGGCUUGACAAUCAUUUAGUCACAGUGGCUUCAUGUGAAGGCUGUAGCCAUAGACUUAUUAUUGUCGGGUUCAAGUGUCUUCCGGGGACACAACUGACGUCAGCUUAACUCUCUUCCACAAGGGAAGUUAACUUUGUAUUUCAGGAAACACUGCAGAAGUUUCUGCCACAGUGUAAUGGUGGCGUCCAUGUGUGAUUGGUAUUGAGGGUUUUUUUGUUUGUUUUAUUUUUUUGUUUUGUUUUUUUUUUUCAGUAUGAAAGGCUUAGAGUGGUCUCCAUCAUAAAUUUUUUUUGGUAGUGCUGGGGAUUGUACCCAGGGUCUUGAACAUCUUAGCUAGGCGAGUGCUUUACUGUGGAGCUGCAUCUCUGGCCCCAGUCAUCUUUGUAAGCCUGUGUAAUUUUAAAGCACCCUUUGCUGUGUGUUACAAAGCAUAGAAGAGGCGUGGUGACUGUCCUUCCCUGCCACACUGGCGGAAGAGACCCCUUGAAAAGCAGGCCAUGCUAGAUGAGGUUGCUGUACAGGGACAUGAAAUAGCUCUGUAAGCAACGUCUGCCAGUGGCCUCUUAGUCAUCACCAUUGCCAGGAAAUUUCUGCAACGUCUAGCUUGUGGAUACUCUCCAACAAGAAUAAAAAUGUCGCUUGCACAGCUGGAAAAUUAAGAACAUAUACUAGGCAGAGGGGAGAAUAUUUAUUUUUCUUUUAAUUAAAUGAGCCCUAAAAAUUUCUUAGCACUCUAGAGUAAAAAUACAAAGUUUCCUUCAACACAUGCUGGGGGGCCAAAUGCUUGCUUGUUAGGCAAUUAAAAAGGGGGACCAGGCCUGGUGGCACACGCCUAUAAUCCUGGCUUUCUGGUGGCAGAGGCAGGGACCAAAAGUUCAGGCCUGACUGGGCUAUACAAUGAGAUCCUGUCUUCAAUGAUUUAAGAGCUGCUACUCAGCAGUAGCAUUUUUUUUACUUACCACACACAAGGCAUUUGUGUGCAACCCCAGCAUUGUAAAAAUAAAUAACAAAAACCCUAAAACACAAGGGAAGUAGAAGCUACUGACUCAGAAAGUGGUUUGGGAGCAUUAGGUGAACCUGUUGAGACUCUCAGCAUAGACCCAUCUUUCUAGUUCCUCUUUGUCAAAGUGUCGACAGCUGUUACCUGUCAGUAUCCCAGACCGGGUUACCGUGUGCUUACCCUGUUUGGAGACUGGUAACUUCCCCAGAUUUUGUAUUCUCUGCUUGGUGCCCUCGUGUGGAGUCUAGCAUCUUCAGAAGCAGACCAAAUUAGGAAGCGCUCAGCGCAGAGCUCUCUCCGGAGGGUGGUCCCUGUCGCUUAGGAUUAGAGUUCAGGCUCAACUUCCUUCCCAGCCAUAGCCUGCUUUCUCCCUGUGCAGACUUGGCACUGCCCGUGCGCAGAUCGUUCACCAGGCAGCCCUGGAUGGACCACAGUAGAGCAAAGCCCUCACCUGCAGCCAAGAUAGCUCAGGCUAGGCAGGGCCCUCUGCAGCUCCUCGGCAUCAGGAGCCGCGACAGAGUUCAGGGCGCACCAAGCUGAAAGUGGUGUGGACCGUCUGUAGCUCCUUUCCUUAGUCUCUAUUUCAUUCUGUGGUCUUUCGACUUGGUCGUUCCUGCUGUCUCUCUGUAGCUCUGUGACCCUCUGAGCCUGCUCUCAGGUUGCUUUUCUUCUUGAGACAAGAGAAUGUAGGUGUUGAAAGAGUCGAUGAUUCAAGCAAGGAAUUUGAAAAUGUAUAUAUUAUGAAGAUUUUUAAGGGUAGGAGAUUAUUAUUUACUUACUAAAGAACAGAUAAAGUCUGGGAAUCCCAGGGUACCAAGCCAAAGGUCUGGGACAUCAUCUUUCAAAAAGUUUUAAUAACAGAGUUAUUUAAAGGAAGCUAAUGUUCAGAAAGGUUUGACUGGCCUCCAGAUUCCAGUUAUUUAAAAAAAAAAAAAGCAAUUUACUAGGGCUGGGGGUGUAGCUCAGUUGGUGACACACUUGCUCAGCAUGCUCAAGUCCUUGGAUUUCAUCCCUAGUGCUGGGGAAAAAGCAUUCACUACUAAAUUCUUCAGGGUCCCAUAUGGAUAAGAAAGGGAAACAAAUGUCUAGAAACAGCGCGUCUCCCUCUUGGUUCUCUCCCGAACCAGCACAGAACACAGGCAAGCACUUGGCACUGCAGAGACUACAGAUUACACUUCUGGUAGUUUCCAGCCAAACGCAGCCCCCUCUCUGUGCCUGUCAGCCUGCAGUCAGAUCUGGACAAAUAAGAUUCCUGAGGAAAGACUUUAACUGUACUGUGGUUUCAGCUUUAUGUAAACACAUAGGUUCCCGUUAUAGUUCCAGUAUGGAGAUGCUGCUGCAGUGCUGGCCUUCGGUAGUCUGUAUGAUGUUCUCACUGCUCAGAGCAAGCCAAGCAUGGGGCUGAGGUAUGGCCUGAACCUUCCCUGUAUGGGGUCAUGUAUGUCAAGAUGCUACUUUGGCCCUCUGCCUUUUUGUGGUAUCUGAAUAUACCCAACAAAAGUGCUUCCUCUUCACACAACUGACUCGAUAUUUGUGAAUAAUUUUCAAAUGGACACAGAAAUUUAAACUCUGAAACCACAUCCGAUCCAGAUACAGGGCAGCGUCUAGGUCACCCCUGCAGCCUCAGCUUCGUCCUUUGCAACCCUUGGGACAGGAUUCAGUCAUCCUGAAGUCCCCAAGGCAGUGGUCAGCUUUCCAGUAUCGCUGUUAGCGAGUCUGUAUUUGCCAGUAGAUGCUCACUGUACUAACGUGCCAAGUGUUUAUUGCACAUCUGCUCCCAUCAUGUCCCCCGGUGCCCUAAAGUGUGUGAGGAGCCCCUAACUGGGUGGGUGGGGCACCUGCUGCAUUGUCUCCUGUUGUCAGGACUGUGUUGUAUGGAAUAAUCAUCCCCAUAGAUUUUAUACACAUAGUAAUUUCCCUUUUUAUAUGUCAGGUAAAUAUUUGUAAAGGUUAUACUCACACAAAAGAAUUAUUAUGAUAAUUACUAAUAUAUUUUUUCCAUGUUUCAUUGCCUGAAUAAAAACUGUUUACCACUGUUAAA